AUGAUGCGUGACGCCAACUUCGACAACAAGUUCGACUUCAUGCACGCCCACGGACUCAGGCCUUACGAAACCGACGAUUACCCGGAGGCUAAAGGCAUCUUGGAUGCAUACCGCGAGGCUGAUGCGCGAGAGAAAGAGAAAGAAGAUGGUGGAAAAGUGACUAAGAAGGAUUACGAGGACGUGGGAAAGGAGAGGGGGGGAGAGGAAGCAGAGGGAGAUGGCGAAGAAGGUGCAGAGAAUGCUGGUGGAGAAUCAGAGGGUGGGAAGGGCGAUGGUGAUGAUGAUGAUGGUGAUGAUGAUGAGGAUGAUUGUAAUGGGGGCUUUGGAUACGAUUACUUCGGCGAGGAUGAUGAUGGCAAUGACGAUUAUUAG